UGGGAGCAGAUAAAAGGACCAUCUCCUUGUCUCCUGGGAUCUUCACUACCCUUUCAGCCUGAGUCUAACUAUACUCACCUUCCUUCCCAGCAUCCAUGAAAGCCUCCAUGUCUCGCCAGACCUAUAGCACCAAAGGGGGCUUCAGCUCUUGCUCAGCCUCUGGCAGCCGGGGUAUGGAUGGUGCUCGCACCCACACCAGCUUCAGCUCCGUGACGAUGUCCAGGGGAGGAAGCAGGCUUGGGGGGGCUGCCUGUGGUGGCCCCAAGACCAGCUUUAGCAGCCACAGCCUCUAUAAUUUGGGUGCUAACAGGAGCAUCUCUGGCAGUGUGGUUCAGAGGGCAUCCCAAGGGAGGUCCUUUGGGGGAGCUGGUAGCUUUUUAGGUCUGGGUACCAUGAGGUCAAACUUUGGGGCCUCCUGCCCUGCUGGGGGCAUCCAGGAGGUGACUGUCAACCAAAGCUUGCUGACUCCUCUUAAUGUGGAGAUUGAUCCUGAGAUUCAGAGGGUGAGGAUACAAGAGCGGGAGCAGAUCAAGACCCUCAACAAUAAGUUUGCUUCUUUCAUUGAUAAGGUACGGUUUUUGGAGCAGCAGAACAAAGUGUUGGAGACCAAGUGGGCCUUGCUUCAGGAGCAGGGCCAGAAUACCAAGAGUCCUGAGAAUUUGGAGCCAUUGUUGGAAUCACAUAUCAACAAACUUAUGAGAUACCUGGAUAUGCUCAAUAAUGAGAAGGAGAAGAUGAAAACUGAACUGAGUAAUGUGCAAGACCAGGUGGAUAACUUCAAAGACAGAUUUGAAGAAGAAAUCCACAAGCGAACAGAAGCAGAGAAUGAGUAUGUUGUUCUCAAGAAGGAAGUUGAUCAUGAUUACUCAGUUAGGGAGAAUCUCAAGGCCAAUGUCUUCAUCCUGAGGGAGAAUAUGGACUUCCUUAUGAAUUUCUUUGAUGCGGAGCGGGAAGGGACCCAAACUCAAGUUUCUGAUACCAAUGUUGUCCUGUCCAUGGAUAACAAUCGAAGCCUGGAUCUGGACAGCAUUAUUGCUGAGGUCAAAAGCCAGUAUGAGGAGAUUGCCAGAAGGAGUCGAGCAGAGGCAGAAUCAUGGUACCAGACCAAGUAUGAAGAGCUCCAGGUGACAGCUGGGAAGCAUGGGGACCACCUUCGAGACACCAAGAAUGAAAUUGCUGAGCUCACCCGAGUCGUGCAGAGACUGCAGGGGGAGAUUGACUCAGUGAAGAAGCAGUGCCAGCAGCUGGAGACAGCUAUCGCUGACUCGGAGCAGCGGGGGGAGAUGGCUGUCAAAGAUGCCCAGAAGAAACUGGGAGACCUGGAAAAGGCCCUUCACCACAGCAAGGAGGAGCUGACCAAGCUUCUGAGGGAUUACCAGGAGCUGAUGAACAUCAAAUUGGCCUUGGAUUUGGAGAUCGCUACCUACAAGAAAUUGCUGGAGAGUGAGGAGAGCAGAAUGUCUGGAGAGUGUCCCAAUGCUAUUAGCAUUUCUGUGACGGGAAGCUCUACCACUAUGUGUGGUGGAGGCAGUCAGGUGAUCGGCAGUGGCAGCUUCGGGGGUGGGUUGUCCAUGGGCAACAGUGGUGGAGGAGUGAAGGGGAGCUAUGGAUCUUAUGUCAAGGCAGGUCCUAGCACUGGGGGAACCUCCAUUUUGAAGAAGGUCACAAGUACCACAGUCAAGUCAUCCAGCAGGAGGUAUUAACCAUCCUGUGACAAGUCAAGCUGUUGCUGGCCAUUGUUUCUUGCAAGCUUUUCUUUUCUACUUUCCCACCCUGAAUCUUUCUUUCUUCCCUCAUGCCCAAUCAUUUAGACCUUUACAGAACUCCCCAUUCAGGAGCCCCAAAUAACCAGGAAAAUCACAUUUACAUAUGUUUGCAUAUGAUGUCAUUUGCAUUUCAUUUUGCAUUUUAUUUUGGCACAGCUAAUGGAAGAAGUAUUGAGCCUCUCAGGAUAAGAAAGUUGAAUUGGGCUGGCUGGUAUAGUGGAAAGACCAUGGGAUUUGGAUUUGAAAACUUGGGUUUAAAUUUUAGUUUUGCUCUGUAAUCUUGGGCAGGAUACAUAAGCCUUUUAGAAUUUCUUCAGUUUCCUAUUUUGUAAAAUGAAAAGAUUGUAUUGGAUGUCCUCUGAAGUCCCUUUCAGUAUUAGAUUCUAUGAUUAGUGGGGGGUUAAUUUCAGUUGAAUUCUCAAAGCAGCCCCAGUUUACCUCAUUCUCCCUACCUAUGCAUGCUGAGUUUUUUGGUUAAUGUACUGGUGACAUACACAAUUUGAUCAUAAAGCAUCAGGUAUAAGGAGAGGGGGAAAUCAUCUGUUCUGCUUCCAACCCAAACAAAGCCAAACCCAAGUAUCUCCCAGAUCCAUCCUUUAAUCGUUCUUCCCCCCACCCCCUUUAUGUUGCCUUUGAUGCAUCUCAAUAAACAGCAACUAUGUCUCU